UGGCAUCGUUGUUGCGGAAGUGAAAAGUGUACGUGGGGAAGAAAGGUUGGUCGGACCGCGUUCGAGCAGCUUUCUCGGCAUCUACGCGCACGUCCAAUCCAGCCGAGCUCCGUGGCCGGCGUGGAUCACGGCUCCAGCCACACCCACCGAACCGCUGACGUCGGGGCCAAAUGGCUCGGGGCGUCUAAAACAAAGAUGAGACGAGGAGGAACCGCCGACGGGCUGUAAUGCUGCGGCGCGCGCGGCUGGGUCUCCGGCAGGUGCUGAGUCUGAUGGCCCGGAGACCGGUUCUCCUGUGCGGGGCCAUCGUGCUCGGAGUUCUGCUCGUCCUGGCUGUCAAGUUCACGUGCAGCCGCGCAAAGAACGUGGUGGCACCGGCCCGACCACCGUUGCGCUUCUUCUCGCCGGACUCCCCAGUAGUGGACCUCUACUUGGGUCAGCUUGACCAGGUGGAGCGCCUCAAGAGCGUGGCCGACGUGUCUUUUGUCUUCUUCUACGCGCCGUGGUGCUCCCACUCCAUGGCCGCCAGGCAGGAAGUCCAACUGGUGGCCGAGAAACUCUCAAAACAGGUGCAGUUUGUUGCCAUCAACUGUUGGUGGAGUCGAGGGAGGUGCAGGAGGCUCAACCACUUCUACAAGUACCCCACCAUCCACCUCUUUUACCGGCGGUUCGGACCCAUCGAGUACAAGGGUCCACACGUGGCGGCCUACGUGGAACGGUUCAUCUUACGAGUGAUCACGCCGCUCACGUACCUCCCGUCAAGAGCCGCACUGCGGGAGUUCCUCUCCUGUCACGAGCCGCGAGUGGUGGGCUUCUUCCAGUUUAACGCUUCCCCCCAGCCGCCGGGCUACGUCACGUACCUGGCCUCCGCCCUGCAGGCCCUAAAAAGAGAUUUCCGGGGCGUGAUCCGGUUCGGGGUGGUCACCGACGGGCAGGUGGCGGCCGCCAUCUCGCUGAAAGAGGAUGAAAGCGUUUACCUCCACAGAAGAUUCAACUCUUCUUUGAUUUUCCCCAGACGGGAACAAAACUUCACCUCCCGCGCCGUGUGCAGCUGGGUGUUUGAGCACCAGGAGAGCGUCCUGCAGUGGCUGCAGCCGCCGGGGACCAAGUCUCGGCUCCUGGAGGAGGAGCUGACCAAAGGGGCCGCUCUGCUGUUUUUCCUGCCGCACGAUCCGCUCGACUCCGACCGGGACGGCCUCCUGCGGCAGGUUGCCGACGUGGCUUUGCGUUACCACUCGUGCGAGGCGCACAGCCAACACUCGAGGUCCGGCUCGCCGUGCUGCCGCACCGAGGUGGACCCCGACUCCGGCGUGGAGUGCGAGGUGUGCCCGAGCUCGUGGUCGCGCUGCCCGUUGCCCUCCGCGCUGCGGUCGGCUCGCAACCGCGGCUGCUUGCGCCUUCACUGUAGCAGCUUCCUGCUGAGCUACAGCCCACUGAGCCAACACAGCGCCUGCUGCGGGAAAGCCCCCACUCGACGAACCGAAGAGGCGUCCGGUGCGCAAAAUCCCCCUCCUUUUACCCCUACGUCUUCGUCCGACCCCCUCAAGGGGCUCCGCUGUCAGACGAACAAGACGCUCAGGUUCUACCUGUUGGAUAUGGACCUCAACUGGCCGCUGGCCGUGAGGCUGGGGGCACCGGGAAACAGAAACGGCUCCGUAUGGCGCCACCGGAACGCCGGCGCGCAAGGCGACGGCUCCUUCGCGACCAUCGUGAACUUAAAGGAUGAAGUGCAUUACGUGCUGCAGCGCAGCCCCGCCGCCACGCUUGCGGAGUCUUUAGAGGCCUUCAUCAGGAACUUCAGCGCCCCCUACAACCUCCUGCACAGAUACUUGGUGGGCGAGGAGGAACAAGAACGCCGAGCCACGAGUCAGGACCAACCCCAACGGGGGCAGCCUGAGACUCCGCAGCCGCUAAUCGCCGAGCUGACCACUUCCUCCUUCCUGCCUUGCGUCAUGGAUGUUGAAAAGGACGUCCUGCUUUUCUACUACACCCAGUGGUGCGGCUUCUGCUCCGUUCUCAACCACGUCCUCGUCCAGCUGGCUCGAUUGCUGCAGCGGGACGGCGGCGUCGUCGUCGCCAGGGUGAACGUCGCACGCAACGACCUCCCGUGGGAGUUCAUGGUGGAUCGCGUUCCCACCAUUCUUUUCUUCCCCCGAUACAGAAAACAACUGAGCGUGAAGUUUCCGGAAGAUCUCCGCAUCACUCUCCCGAACCUCCUCCGCUUCAUCCUCAAGCACUCCGGCCCGCGUCCCGACACGGACCGACCCCGGUCGCCCGAGACCCCGGACGCUCCGGGGCCCGGCGGCGGCGGCGGCGCCGCCGUCCUCCGCGCCGAGUUGGAAUCGCUCCAGCGCGAAGUGCGGACGCUGCACCGCGCCCGCGAGCUGCUCUCCCAGCAGCUGGCGCAGCUUUGGCGCGACAACCGGCAGCUGCGGUUCGACGCCCGCGACCUGGCGGCUCAGAACGCCGAGCUCAGGGAGGAGCGGCGCAGCCUGGAGGAGCAGCGGCGGGAGAAGAGCCGGCAGCUGGGCGAGGCGCUGCGGCGGCUGCGGGAGCUGGCCGACGCCUCGGAGAACCUCCUCCAUCAAAACGCGCUCCUCAGGAUCGUGCUCAGGGCUCUCAAGGAGGAAGACACGGAAGUCGCGGAGGCGGACGAGGGAAAGGACGCCUCGCAGACGGAAAGCCGGUCGGCUUCCUGACGGUCGCUACGGGAGCACCGGGAGAGAGCGAAGGGAUGCGUCGGCGCUCUGUGAAGUGAAAAAACUUGCACCAAGUGGUACCUUGACUUAAGAGCGCCCCAAGUCUUCCCCAAAAUGGCAGACUUCCUGUUCAAUUUCAGACCCCCCCCCACGUCCUAUCUUAAAUCGACGUGGCCGGCAACUUUCAUUUCGGUUAUUGACGGGGUUCCGAAUGCACUACUGUAUUACCUUCACUUACGAAUGCCCCAAUUUAUGAUUUUUUUUUUUCCUCUUUGUGUUAUGAAUCGUCACUUUGUUGCUUUGCAUUAUAAAAUUUUAGUUAUGAGCAAGCUUCAGAUUCUGCUCGAAUGAUGCAAGAGGGGGGAAAAAAUUUAGCAUAUGAAUGGUCAAAUGGACCAGCGUAAUAAAAAUGACAUUUGUUGACUCGCACAUUGAGCGAUUUCAUCUACCGACAUUUUUAUUAAACCCCAAAAUCAUAGCA